GCCCGCUCUGCCGCCGCCUGAUUGCUACCAGACGCUGGCGGCCGAGGGCGGCUCAAGGGCGAGCCGUCGGCACCCUCGGUAGCCGAUCGAGGCUGAUAGUGGCCGGCUGGUGGCGGCGGCGGACGUCCUCGGGCCCCCUUCAAAGGAGCCCGACCCCCAAGGGCCUGGACGGCGUGGAUGGGGAGCCGGGAGAACACCCACGUCGGGAGGAAGGCACCCGUCGGCCUGGCGCCGGGAAAAGGGGGUGCGAGGGAAGGACCGGCGGGGGCUCGAGGGGUCGGUGGGAGGACACAGGGAGUGGUGCGACGGACGUGAAAGAGGACGGACGUUUUGGAUACCGUGAGGUGCGACCGCCGGAGAACUCGCCAAAUAAUGUCUGCCAACGGCGGUGCACGGGGCCGACCCCACCGCGGCGAACGCCGAACUCAGCCCUGGACGACGGAGCGGGUUUACUACCCCCGCUCGAGGUCCAGGUCUGGUCGCGGGUCCCGGAACCGGGGGGGCGACAAUGGGACGCCCGAGGACUUCAGGCGCGUCCGGUCGGGCAGGGGAGGGCGCUCGAGCUCCCACUCCACGCAACCGCCUCCGGCUGGGCCUAAACCCCUGGAGCAGGCCAAGAAGAAGACGCGGUCGGCUGCUACAUGGACGGUGGUCUCCGGGAGGGAGGCAGUCGGUUACGCGUCCCACGCAAGGUGGAGGGACCAGUACCGCCCCUCCCGCGGGGUCAACCCGUCCGAGGUGAGGCCACCUUUCCGGGGAUUGACCCUGGCGGACCGGGACGACGAGCCGCCGGCCGUCUACACGGCAGAGGAGGAGGCGGCCCUCUGUCCGGUCUGCCACGUCUUGGUGGUGUGCCAGGAGGCCCACGCCGGGGGCAAGCUCCACACGGAGAGGGACCAACGGAAGAAAGACGCAGCGGCUGCGGCUGCUGCCACCGAGGAGGACAUCGAGGCGGCCCUCAGGCUGCUGCGGAGGGAGCGGCCGGGGCUCCUGACUCCGGCCCCAGAUUUGGUCCCCCCUGCCGCGCCGAUCCCGCGGGCCCUGGAGCUUCCGCCGCUGAGGCAGUCCGAGCCGGUCCGGCCUGCCGAGUUCAUCGGCCCCUCCCCGACGGACUCAUCUGCCACCGGGCCCGGAGGGCCUAUCACUCGGACCCUGGCGUCGCCGUCCUUGAUGGACGUUGACCUGGACUCUUUCUUGGCGGCGUCGGGGUCUGAGGAUUGAGGGGGGGGUGGUGUGGGGGCCCGCUCUGCCGCCGCCUGAUUGCUACCAGACGCUGGCGGCCGAGGGCGGCUCAAGGGCGAGCCGUCGGCACCCUCGGUAGCCGAUCGAGGCUGAUAGUGGCCGGCUGGUGGCGGCGGCGGACGUCCUCGGGCCCCCUUCAAAGGAGCCCGACCCCCAAGGGCCUGGACGGCGUGGAUGGGGAGCCGGGAGAACACCCACGUCGGGAGGAAGGCACCCGUCGGCCUGGCGCCGGGAAAAGGGGGUGCGAGGGAAGGACCGGCGGGGGCUCGAGGGGUCGGUGGGAGGACACAGGGAGUGGUGCGACGGACGUGAAAGAGGACGGACGUUUUGGAUACCGUGAGGUGCGACCGCCGGAGAACUCGCCAAAUGUGAGUGAAUAAAUGUCUAUAUGGAAAGUGGUGUUGUGUCACUCGG